AAACACAAACUCGGCUUUCUUGAUGGUUCAACACCAAAGCCAACGACAGAACCUGAUUUGAUAUCAUGGAAAGCUGCAAAUUCUAUGAUCAUCGGUUGGAUUAGAACGUCUAUUGAUCCAACCAUACGUUCAACUGUUGUCUUUGUGUCUGAUGCAAAAGAGCUUUGGGAUAAUCUCAAACAACGCUUCUCAACCGGAAACGGUGUCCUCAAACAAUUGCUCAAAGAUGAAAUUUCGGCGUGUAAGCAAGAUGGCCAAUCUGUUCUUGCUUACUAUGGGAGACUAACCAAGCUUUGGGAAGAACUACAAAACUACAAGACUGGUCGGACGUGUAUGUGUGCAGCUGCUCCUGACAUUGCUAAAGAACGUGAAGAUGACAAGGUUCAUCAAUUCUUACUCAAUUUGGAUGAACGCUUCCGGCCUAUUCGCUCUACAAUUACCGAUCAAGAUCCUCUACCAGCUCUAAAUCAAGUGUAUUCUCGUGUGAUUCGUGAAGAACAGAACCUCAACGCAUCACGCAUCAAGGAUGCCAUCAAAACAGAGGCUGUCGGGUUUUCAGUUCAAACCACACCACUUCCGCAACCAUCUCAAGUAGCGGCAGUCUCUGCUCCUCGAUUUUGCGAUCGCUCUUCUUUGAAUUGUACUCACUGCCAUCGUCAAGGCCAUGAAGUAACAGAGUGUUUUUUGGUCCAUGGUUAUCCAGACUGGUGGCUAGAACAGAAUGGCUCUAACGGCUCUGCGACACGAGGAUCAUCUGGUCGUGGUAACACUGGUCGUGGCAACAACAAUCGCGGCGGACGUUCUUCAUCCUCUAGCUAUCGUGGAAGAGGCCGUGCUAACGCUGCUAGUACUAGCUCUCCUUCUACAAACAAUGCUCAGAUCAAUCAAUUGAUCUCACUACUUCAAGCUCAAAAUCAGACCACCACUACAGAAAAGUUGUCGGGACCGUUUUACGAGAACUUUGAUUGGUGCGGGUGAAGAGCGUGAGGGAGUGUAUUAUUUUACGGGUGUUCUUGCUGCUCGUGCUAACAAAGUUGUCAACGAAU